GCGGUAUAUAAUUGUUUGCGGUCUUUCGCACCUCUCCGACCCAGGCCCAUGCUGCACGGAGUAAAUAAUGACCUUUAUCACCAAGCUCCAAUUCCAGGGCCUUCUCCUGUGCCUUGUCACUCUCAGCCGGGGUUGGCAACUCUUCCCCGACUCGGAGAUCGGCGACUACAGUGAGAAGUGCGCAGACGCUCUUGCAACCAACAUUACAUCCUGCAUUCCGGCGGUGGGCGGCAUCAGCACUGAGAUUUUCUACUCUCAGCACGCCCUCGAUGUCAUUUGCAAGCCCAAAUGCCGCGACGAGUUGAUAAAUUACGAGAAAGCUGUCACAGAUCACUGCCAUGGAGUCUCUUUGACCAACGAAUGGGGCUCUGCGAAUCCCAUAUCCGCUGCAGCAAGCAUUCUGGUUUUCAACUUCGACCAAGUUUGUCUGAAGAAUGAAGGGCAAUAUUGCAAUCCUGUGCUGGGAAAUCUGACCCAGAACGGAGGAAACGAGUGCAACAAAUGCCUGCUGCUGCAAUUGCGAGGCCAGGCCCAGUUUCCGUAUGGAAGCGGCCCUAGUGUCUAUUCGAGCGUCUAUCCCAGCUUUACUUCCUCUUGCAAAUUCACAGGCCAUCCGGCCACAGUAUCACCUCACCCUUCAUCCUCUCUAUCCUCUACACCGGUAUCGUCCCCCUCCGUGUCUCCCACAGCGAGUGGGUGCAGUGGCACAAAGUACACAAUUAAAGAAGGAGAUACCUGUCAAUCCGUCUCCAAGUCCCAGAGUAUCGCGACCUUCCAACUGUUGCUUGAUAACAACCUUCGGGCGUAUUGCGCAAACUUUCCCAAAGAAGGCGAUCUGUGCAUUAAGAACAAGUGUUCAACGUACACCGUGCAGAAGGGCGACACCUGCAAGAGCGUCGCGAAGGCACAUAACAUCUCGACAGUGCAGUUGCGGUCUUAUAACCCUUGGAUUGACGGGGGUUGCUACAACUUCAACCGAACAAUCGGAACCGAGAUAUGCAUGGACGAACCAGGGCACAAAUACCAUCCACCAUCCAGCGUUGUUGGGUCUACCGCGGUGCCCUCUACAGCUAGUACUGCAGUGCCUACACCGACCAACGUCGCGGAUAACAGUACACGGACCUGUGGUAAAUACUAUGAAAUUAAGAAGGGCGACAACUGCGAUACCAUCGUCCAGGAGUUUUCUAUCAGCCGAGAGGACUUUCUGAUUCUCAAUCCGGGCCUGGAUGCCAACUGCACUAACCUCCUACUGGGUGUCAGCUAUUGCGUCCUGCCCGUUGGAGACAUGGAGAACUACCCUGGUGCUCCUGGCUACAUGCCUUCAAUCUCUAAAAUCCCAUGGGACAGUCUCCCAGACGCAACCUACACGCCCAUGCUGAACCCCGACAAAUUGCCACUCGCCCCGCGUACCGUUAAGGACUGCGCAACAAUCUUCGAUGGCAGAGAUUUGCAAUUCAACUUCCCGGGUGUCAGCGGCUGCCAAGUCGUCCACGCCUUUUGGGGAGUCUCUGUGCCUGAUCUUAUGCAGUGGAACCCGUCACUUAAAGGGACGAGCAGCAACUCUACCGACUGCAACUUCAGCAAGGAGUACCGCUAUUGUAUAGACAAGGGAACGGGGGCCGAGACAUCGAGCCUGCCUACAUCUUUGUCAAGUAGAUUGGCUGUAUGACGGUUGUUUUGGAGUGUGUUGUCUCGUAGCAACCAAGCAAGUACAUUUAGUCUGACAAUGAAGACGAGAAUGGGGUCAAAUAAAUAUUCAAAUCCACGGCAGUGCUUUGAUGAACAUAGACAAAUU